GCGCGCGCGCGCACGCUGAGGGAAACCUGCAAGCGGUACCGUUAAUGCAACGGCGGUGAAUUUCGUGCAACGCGACGGACGUUCGGGGUUUUUUUAACGCUACAUUUUACGCGAUCGUCGGGGAGACGAUACGAGCAUUUUUAUUUUUUAUUAUUUAUUUUUGUAGCAUCCUUUGCGGAGGAUUGAGCUGAUACUGGGUUUAUCCUUGCAGCAAAGCUGUGAGCUGAUGAGCAUCGUUGUAACCAUAUUGUCUUCGAGAUUGGUGGGGGAAAAUAACUUGACCGGAGAUGUCUGAUCCAAGGUGGACUGGGACCAGUUAAAGGCACUCGGGAAACUGCGUGAAACUGGAGGUCAUUUAUCCUAACAACCUGUAGGAUUGCAUCGUUGUGAGUAGACUAGGGGGAUGGCAUUAACCCAGCAGAAAAGGAAAGCUCUGUAAUUGAGAUUCGCAUCCAGCCUUCAACCGCUGCAACCGCUGUUUUUAAUCCGAAAAUUUUGAUCAGACAUUAAAAAAUAUAUUUUUUUAUUUCAUGAAUGAAACGCUUCUCCACCGACCACUAAACCAAAAUCAUCAAACAGAACGCUAACCGACGCACCGAUUACCCAUCACAUCGCCCAGUCUCAUCCUCAGCAUCUCUACUAAAUGUCUUGUCUUGAUGCAUCCCUUCGCCAUGUUUUAUCCCUAACUCAAGAAUUUCGCUGAGUCCCAUGCAAAGCAAUGGAGUGACCGCCACCUCCAAUGAGUGGGAUCUUCUCCAGCACCAGCAUCGCUCUCGCCUCUAUUCCUCUGAGUGAGCCCACAAACCACAGCCAUGUAAAGCAAAAGUUGCAGUACCACCACCUCCAAAAAAAUCCCACAACUGAAUGAAGAUCGCCGUCCUAUUGUUGGUCAGCCCUCGCAGCAAUGCCAGUGCGUGCCGUGACCUCCAGGUUCAUGUACAGGGGACUUUGCUCUAUUCCAGAAAUCCUCUCCUACAGGACUCCUGUCACACUCCCCGAGGACGAAGUGGAGGAGAUCCGAGAGGCCUUCAAAGUGUUUGACCGUGAUGGAAAUGGCUUCAUCUCAAAGCAGGAGCUGGGCGUGGCCAUGCGGUCUCUGGGCUAUAUGCCCAAUGAGGUGGAGCUGGAGGUCAUCAUCAAAAGACUGGACAUGGACGGUGAUGGUCAGGUGGGCUUUGAGGAAUUUGUAACACUGCUCGGUCCUAAACUCACUGCGUCCACCAUGCCUGAUAAAUUUCACGGAGCGGAUUUUGACUCCAUAUUCUGGAAGUGUGAUAUGCAGAAACUGACAGUGGAUGAACUGAAGAGGCUGCUGUACGACACCUUCUGUGACCACUUGACAAUGAAGGACAUUGAGAACAUCAUCAUGACCGAGGAGAGCCAUAUGAACAGCCCAGAGUGCCAAGUUGAUAUUGACACAAGCCCCAUGCAACAAGUCAAGCACACGUGUGUGCGAAAGAGUUUGAUUUGUGCCUUCGCCAUUGCAUUCAUCAUCAGUGUCAUGCUUAUCGCUGCCAAUCAGAUGCUCCGACGGGGGAUGAAGUGAACAGCCCAGAUCAGACCGGCUCUCGUCCACGUACGUUCCUCAGCGUCUUUACAUUUAAAGGACACAUUCUAACCCUUUGGGACAAACUUGAAACAUUACUAUCAGAUGAACGAAUAUGGUGGAAGAUGCAUGUUCCCGUCCCCUUUCAAACGCCUUGCAGCUGAUUUACUGACACAGUAGCGUAAAGCAAUACAUAGAAGAACAGGAUAACUUUGGUCGUUCUGUUUUCUUUUCUAUAAAGGAUGUUACCUCACUUUUGUUUCAGAAAAGUCCAGGGCAUUCGGAAUUCAUGACUGCAUCCAUGCCAACAUUCAUGCUUAUAUGGCCAUCUUUAUAUGGCUUGGAAGUCAGUUCCAUUGUGUGGUAUAAAUAUGUGACACAGCAGAUUUCAGUUAUAUAUUUUGCAAAUAAUUGAACAAAAAUCACAAACAUCACAUGUCCAAAGAAGUGACGCACUGAAUUCUGUCAUAUAUUCCAUUACACAGUUUUGUCUUUUGUCAAUAAUUGUGUUGAUUUGUGUUGUAAUCUGUUUCAAUUAUGUACAGUUAUCAUUUUAUGGAUAUUUAAUAACAGAUAUUCAAUGUAUCACUUUUCCAGUUUGUAAAGCAUACAGACAUUAUGAAUGUGAGAGACACAAACUGAUUUAGAUUAUUGUCACUUAACUCAAAAUUAACUCAUAAUUUAUUUAAAAUAAUAAAAAAAACAUAUAAUGGCUUUUGCAACAGUAUAUGUAAACAGCGUAAUGCAAAGAAAGUUCUAAUGAUGGAUAUAAAAAAAUAAUUUCAUCAAAGUUAAAUCAAGCACUUCUAUAUUUUUGAUUUAAAAGAACAUCAAGCAGCGGGCAUAUAAAACAUAGCUUCAUAAUAAGAUUACUUGUUUGUAUAAUUUGAGAAUGAUUUAUACUGGGAAAGUAAGGCUGCUAAAAGAUUCAUUAGUCAAAAAAAUAUCUAAAAAGUAUUAGAAAUUAAAUUAGAUUCCAUAUAUUUUCUACUUUACAAAACAAUAUCAUAAAAUAUACCUUAAGAUAUAUGUGUUUAUAAUAAGAAUACAUGUUUGGGCCAAUCACAGAAGCUAUUUUUUUAUUUAUAUAUUUUGUUCUAUAAAAAGAUCCAUUCAGUUAGAUUAUUUGCUUUCUGAAAAAUAACCACCUACUUUUCAGACAAACAGUUAUUCUGGUUUAGUUUUGUAGAGUUUUGGCUAGAACUAAAAACUACAUUCAAGUCUCAUUCAUUUAUUUAUUUAGUUUAUUUAUUAAUUCUAAUUUAUUUAUUAUAAUAAAAAGAGCAGUUUAGGAUUGAAUGUUUUUAUAUGAUUGACAGGCACAGAGCACAGAGCAUUGAGCAUUAAGAAAUUUGUGCCAUCAGCCAAUCAGCAUUAACACAAACAUUUCUCUGCAUAUCUAAGAUGCUCAUGACCUGAAGUAUUGGACUUAAUCAGUGGCUCAAACUUGCUGAAGAAAAACCUCCAUGAAGCAAAUAUAGUAUAGUAGCACCCAAAACACGUGUACUAAUGAGUCAAAACACCAUGACCACAGAAAAAGCAAAUAGAAUAGGAACAGUAAUUGUUAAGGUCUAAAAUUAGGCCAUGGUCUGUAUUAGAUGAUCAUGAUCAUGAUGAGACAGUUGCUUCUCAUAGUUGAUGUGUUGGAUACUGGAGAAAUGGGCAGUCAUGAAGACCUAAAGUCACUUUGACAAGAGCCAGACCACAAGGGCAGUGAAGGCCAUCCCAUCUGCUCUGAGCUUAGAGAGGCCCUAGUUCUGCACAGGCCACAGACAUUGAUGGUUUAUGGGCUGUGCAGUUCAGUCAGAUUGUCCACGCUAUUCUCACGAUCCACAAUCAUAAUGAGAAUGUGAGCAUCAGAACUUGAAGGUCACGUGGUCUUUAUUUUACAUUAAAUGGAUAGUUAAUGAACUGCAGGAGGAUACACUGUGAGAAGUAAACAAACCAGUAGAGCUAAUGUGAUGCCCUGGGCAAUGUUCUGCUGGGAGCCUGGCAUUUGUUCAAACCAGUGACUGUGGAAAACUAGAAAAUCUGGACACUGUGGUUUCUUUCCUUUCCGUUCUGUAGAAAUGAAGCCCAUAUUUUCUGUCACAUUGCUGAAACCAGUGUAAUUUGGUAGAUUUGCCCCCUUCUUCCAGACUAAGUGUAUCUCAGAAUGCAUUCAUUGAGUUUAGAGUGCAGCCUAUAGGACCAGAAAGAAACUUGAAAAUCUGGACACUGUGGUUCCAUUCUUUUCCGUUCUACAGAAAUGAAGCCAAAAUUGUCCACCACAUUGCUGAAUUUGAAAUUUGAAAUUU